AUGGCUCCACAUGAACUCCGGCGCCCGUUCAAACGCCCGGCUAUCUCCGACCAGCAAAAGCGGAGAGACCUCUCUCUUCUCCGGCAAUCCCAGAGCCGCCGUGACGCUCAGGAUAGGGCCCGCCGUUUAGCCUCCACCAUUAUCUCAUUCCAGAGCGAGCAACAGCUUCCCGAUGAAAUCGACCCGAUUGAGCUCGAUGUGCCCGAAUCCGAACCAGAACCCGAACACGAAUCCCCCAUCACCAUCUAUGACGUACGCCAGGCUUCCAAACUCAGAGGGGCUGAAGCUCGUCGGUGGUUCGCUAAGCAGCUCAUGCUUCCGGAGUGGAUGAUUGAUGUUCCUCCCAAUUUAGCCACUGAUUGGUACGUGUUUGCAAGACCAGCCGGGAAACGAUGCUUUGUGGUGUCUUCAAACGGGAUUACAAUCAGUAGGCUUCGGAAUGGGAUACUUUUGCAUCGUUUUCCUUCAGCACUUCCCAGUGGCUCCCGAAAAAAUAGUUCUUCUCAAUCAUAUUCAAUACUGGAUUGCAUAUUUCACGAGCCUGAUCAAACCUACUAUGUAAUUGACAUGGUUUGUUGGGCAGGAUUCUCCUUAUACGAGUGUACUGCCGAGUUUCGAUUUUUUUGGUUGAAUAGCAAACUCCUUGAGGUUGGGGCUUGUGAUGCUCCGUCCACCUACCACAAGUUUAGAUUCAGUACAGUUCCUGUCUAUGACUGUGAUCAACAAGGUUUGGAAACAGCUUAUACUGGAGCGACAGCUUACAUCAAAGAUGGUCUACUCUUUUUCAACAAGCAUGCUCAUUAUCAGUUGGGAAAUACUCCAUUGGCGUUAGUUUGGAAGGAUGAAAAAUGUAGUCAAUACGUGAUUGAUACAGAUAGUAAGGGAGAAAUUCCGAACCAGCAACAGUUGGUACUGGAGCUACUAGAUGAUGGGCGGCUUGCUACAUCUGAUGAUCCUGCAAUCAUCUUUGGGUGCUUGACUGGAGAUUUUAUCCAAAAGACAGGACUUCGCGCUGGAAAUCUCCUGCGCUUUGCUGUUAAUGAUGGUGGAUUAUGUUUUGUUGAUGGAAGAUUAGAGAGAGCUGAUUUGCAUUACCUUGGCCCAUCCAAUCGUGCACGUACAUUUGCAGAUAGUUACUCGAAGAUAAUGUUCCAAUACAUUGUUCGACAUUCACCAUUAAAAAUCGAGCACAUUCUUUCAUCUAUUGGUUCACCAGAUGGCGGUGGUGAGUUAGGUAUUAAUGAUGAAGAAAUGGUUGGUUGA